AUGCCACAAGAGCAGCGAAAGCGGAAAAUGCCGACUCCUAAGCUCCAGUUCGAUCAAGUUCUGACGAAGAACAUACCUCUGACAGAUAUCCGAAAAUCUGGAGCUGUCUGCGACGUCGCAUUCGAUUCCGACCAUCACCCACUUCUUCUCAGCUUUAUGGCACGGUUCCAAAAAAGGUAUCGGAGAGUUCAACAUCAACCGAAACUCGACUUGGCAGCACCGAGGAAGGAGUUCGCCUUUGCAUCUGCGGAGACAAUAUCCACGUACAAUUCUGUAUGUGUUGCCCACACUGACUUCAGCCAAGAGAAGCGUUUGAGGAGAUUGCGUCGUCAGCUGAAACGUGACCGUGAGAACAAAUGGACGUCAAGAGCGGAGGAGUUCGAGAAGGCGUGGAAGGAGAAGAACGAGACGUGA